AUGAGCUCCAGAAAACCUCCUCGACCUCUUCCUGGACAAAAGUCCAUUUUUCAGUGUUUUAAAACCCCAAAUUCUACUCCAGAUGACAGUGAAAGUUCAUCAACUGUUCCUGCUGAUAAUUCUCAGUCAUUUUCGGAUGACAACACAAAAUCUUCUCCCAAAGAGUCCACAUCUUCCCCAAAACAAUUUCAGACAGAUCACUGCCAGAAUGAUGGGUACUCAGCGGGUUGCUCCCUGGGUGCGCGGUUUCUAGACACUGGAACCAUUGAUGUCACAAGAAGACUCCGAAUGUCUGAUUCCAUGAAAAUGUCGACUUUAAUAUCAAGGUUUGAGCCUUCGCGGAGUUGGGUAAAGCCUAAAAGCACUCACGGCAAAAGCGGGGCAGCUAGGCGUGUACCUGACCUAGUGUUUGAUACUGAAAACUACCCGUAUUUAAGGUAUAGUCCUUCAGUCAAUGGUGUUUUUUGUGCACCUUGUUUUGUCUUUAAUUCAUCUGAAAACACUCUCGUUGCUAAGCCCCUUGUAGACUGGAGCAAUGUGUCUAGGAUUAUAGGGAUGCAUAAAAAAUCACCUGACCACAGUAAUGCAAUGACUAAAGCUGACAAAUUCAUGAAAAUAUGUCAAAAUCAAGAAAAAAGUGUUGUUGAGUUUGGCUCGAACGCUUACAGAAACAAAGUCGAGAAAAAUAAGAAAGCCUUGACAUCUAUUGUUAAAACAAUAGUUCUGCUGGGAAAACAAAACAUAGCCUUUCGUGGCAAAACAGAAGAAAAAAGUAACUUCAGAGCUUUGAUAAAUUAUCGCGCUGAAGUAGACAGUGAUUUGCACGACCAUCUAGCAAAUUCUCCCAAACAUGCACAGUAUUUAAGCCCCUCUAUUCAAAACGAAUUCAUACAUAUAUGCGGCAAUCAGAUUUCGGACUCUAUCGUGCACCGUUGCCAAGAUGCGAGGUACUUUUCUAUUCUUGCAGAUGAAUCUGCUGAUGUCAGCAAUACAGAACAGUUUGCUUUUUGUCUGCGUUAUAUUGAACGUCAGAGUUCCGGGAAGCAUGUGCUUCACGAGGAUUUUCUUUCAUUUGUUCAGACAACAGAAACAACAGGUGAAACACUACACCAGUUGCUACUAGAUGAAAUACACAAACACAACCUGAACCCAAACUUUAUCGUUGGACAAGGUUACGACGGUGCUGGGAACAUGUCCGGUUGUCACCGUGGAGUGCAGGCAAGAUUUUCUGCAGAAUUUCCAAACGCAAAGUAUAUUCACUGUCGCAACCACCGUCUAAACUUAGCAAUAUGUCAUGCUUGCAGGGUAGCGUUUGUGCAGUCGAUGUUUACCGUUGUUGGGGAUGUAUUGUUUUUUAUCACAAUUUCUCCGAAACGUCUCGGAGUUUAUAGCUCUCAUAACGAUGACGGAGAAGCCUUAAAGAAGUUCUGCCCAACACGGUGGUCUCAGCACUCGGAAAGCAUCACUGCUUUCUAUACCCACUUCAAGUCAAUUCUAGAAACACUUACUGACCUUCAAGUUGGCAUGGACACCAAAACUAUGUCCACAGCGUCAAGCCUUCAAAAGGCUGUCCUGUCUUUUGACUUUGUUGUCGCUUUGUGUUGCGUCAGCGGUCCCUUAGAUACAUUGAAUCCUUUGACGGAUUCAAUGCAAGACCCUCAAUGUGACUUGGUCAAAGCAGCACAGCAUGCUAAAGUUCUUCAUGGGUUGCUGGCCGAGAGACGCAAUGACAUUGGGUAUUUUGGAGGACUUUGGGAAAAGGCUGUCGCCUUGGCAACUGAGCAUGACAUCAAUGUCUGUCAGCCUCGAGUUGCUGCAAGGCAACAACACAGGAAUAACAUAGCCGCAGAAAUCCCAAAGGAAUAUUGGAGGUUGAAUAUGUUUGUACCAUUCAUGGAUCACCUUUUGUCCCAACUGCACGACAGACUGUGCCUCUCGACUACAAGACUGAACGCUCAGUAUUUAUUGCCAACAAAACUUCGGCAACUUUCGCCCGAAAUGUGGGCCGAUAUCAAGCAGGAGUAUUCUCCGUUCAUAGAUUGCCAGGCAAUAGAUACUGAACUUGAUGUCUGGAAGAGAGUUGCAGCGGAUUCGCCCAUACAAGGCUUGGCAGAGGCAGUUGAUGAAACAUAUCAACUAUACCCAAACAUACAUGUUGUGCUGAAGAUCCUCCUGACAAUGCCAGUGUCCACGGCCUCUGCUGAAAGAUCAUUUAGUAGCCUUCGCCGCCUUAAAACUUAUCUAAGAAAUACGGUGACCGAGGAACGGCUGACUGGACUCGCUCUGAUGCAUAUCCAUCGCAAUCACCAGAUCGAUAUCGAUCAGGUUAUACGUGAUUUCGAUGUGUCUGGGCAUCGACGAAUCGCACUGGUUUUUGAUAAUUGA